GUUCCCCUGAUCAAAGGUUGAGAUACUACAGCUGUGGUUUCAAUCCGACAACCGAGUCGAGUCCCGUCUCCCUUCCACCUCUACGAUCGAUGCAAGUACUAAAAACUCUGUUUCGGGAGAGAAGGACUUUCCAACAAAUCUUAACAAUCUCCUCACCAUUUCUUACUCAAAGAACUCCAAAAUCUUUGUUUUUCUGUACUGAGAAAUCAAGUGAUGAUAAUAACAUCACCAUUCAAGAAGAAACAAACCCAGAACCAGAACAAGAAGAACUACAUAGGAGUAGUUUAUCAUGGAGGGUAGAAAGACUUUGUAAGGGAAAACCAGUUUUCUCUGCGUUUCAGAGUUGGAUGGGUGAAGGUUUACCAAUCCAGAGAGCUGAUGUCUUUCAUGCUAUCAAUCGAUUGAGGAAGCUGAAGAUGAAUAAACGUGCUCUUGAGGUAAUGGAGUGGGUUAUUAGGGAAAAGCCUUAUAGACCGAAAGAGCUAGAUUACUCCUACUUGCUGGAGUUUACUACGAAGCUUCAUGGUGUAACACAAGGAGAGAUUUUAUUUACUCGUGUGCCUUCGGAGUUUCAGAAUGAUUUGCUUUACAACAAUCUUGUUAUGGCUUGUUUAGACAAAGGCAAAAUAAGUCUUUCUUUAGCUUACAUGAAGAAAAUGAGAGAGUUUGGUCAUCCAAUCUCUCCAUUGGUCUUCAAUCGUCUCAUCAUUCUUCACUCCUCGCCUGGACGUAGAAAAACUAUCCCAAAAAUUCUUGUCCAGAUGAAAGCUGAUAAAGUGUUACCCCAUGUUUCGACUUACAACAUUCUUUUGAAAAUGGAGGCUGACCAACACAGUAUUGACGGUUUGGUAAAAGUUUUCGGAGAGAUGAAGCGUGCAAAUGUUGAGCCUAACGAGAUAACUUAUUGCAUUUUGGCUACAGCCCAUGCUGUGGCUAGGUUAUAUGCUGUCUGUGAAGCCUAUGUUGAAGCUAUCGAGAAGUCAAAAGCAGGGAAUAACUGGUCUACGUAUGAUGUUCUACUAAUUUUGUAUGGCUAUCUGGGAAAGGAGAAGGAGCUUGAACGAAUUUUGGGCGCUGUUAAAGAACUCCCUCAUGUCAGGUAUAAAAGCUAUGUUCUGGCUAUUGAAGCAUUUGGUAGAAUAGGGAAGGUAGAUCGAGCUGAAGAUCUCUGGAUAGAACUGAAAUCAAGUAAAAUGCUGAAGUCGCCAGAGCAGUACAAUUCUAUUAUAUCUGUAUAUUGCAGACAUGGGUUAAUCGAUAAAGCAACAGAGUUGUUUAACGAAAUGGAGAAAAAUGAGAUUAAACCAAAUGCUAUAACAUUUCGACAUCAAGCAUUGGGUUUCUUAAAAGCUGGAAUGUUUAAGAAAGCACUGAAAACACUGAACGCAGGAAUGAAUCAGAUAACAAGUACAACAGUUAGAAGAUCGACUCCAUGGUUGGAGACAACUCUAUUGAUGGUUGAGAGUUUUGCAGAUAGGGGUGAUUUGGAGAACGCGAAGAAGUUGUUUGAGGAGUUGAAGGAAGCAAGGUAUAGCAAGUAUACAUUUGUCUACAAUGCUUUAAUAAGGGCAUAUGUGAAGGCCAAGGUUUAUGAUCCAGAUCUUCUGAAGGAAAUGAUUUUAGGCGGGGCUAGGCCAGAUUCUGAGACUUACAGUCUCAUUAAACUUUCUGAACAGUUUCAGGUUUAAUCUGAAGUUCCCAGGCCAGAUUUCUGAAACUUACAGUCUGUUAAACUCUCUGAACAGUUAGUCUGUUAAACUUUCUGAACAGUUUCAGGUUUAAUCUGAAGUUCCCCUCGUUCCAGAGAUGGUUGAUAUGGUGGCCACAUUGCCCAUGACUUGUUGUCAUGCCUUGUGAACUUUCAGUGGUUUUGUUUUGGAUCUGUGUUGCUGGAUGGAUACAAGGCUGAAGCAGAUUGUCAGCAUUAAUGUUCAUCCAGCUAGGGGGACAAGAAAAAUUUACAGCUGCUAUCUCAACGAACAAGUCGGUCAUACUGCCAGCAGUUGUUUGUAGACUGUGCAAGCACGCAAACGCAACAGUUGCUUUGAGAUAAGCAAACAAGUGUGAUACAGGAUCUCAAGUGCUUGGUACCAGCACGCACUAAAUUUUGCACUUUAAGGAAAAAAUAGUAUGAAGACCGAGUCUACGAUUUUCUCCUUACUUUCAGUUAUAUUGUAUAUGGUUGAAAAUGCUUCUGUUCACUCUAUAAAUCACAUGGUUGGGGAAAAAAACAAUUCUAGCUCAACAUAACAUAAAGCUUUUUA